UCCGAAUUUCUUCUUUGACAUGACUGAUUUUCAUUGUAAAACUUUUAAAUUGCUUUAUUAUAUUAGUGUUUGACAUACAAUGUGUGCUCAUGCUUCUCACAUGUGGAUCCAAUAUAAAACUAGGAUACAGAAAAAAUAGGAUUAAAGACCUCAUUUUGGCUGAUAAGGGUCAGAGUUCAAGGGAAAUGUCUACAGACAAUUUGUGGGAAGAGCAAGCAUUGCCAAAAGAUUCAUCAGAACUACCGCUUCUUGACUUUGCUAAACUGGCUACUGCAACUGAUAACUUCAGUGAAAUGAAUAAGAUUGGAGCGGGAGGAUUUGGUCCUGUUUACAAGGGAAAACUGGAAGAUGGACAAUUAAUAGCUGUGAAAAGAUUAUCUAGUUACUCUGGACAAGGAAUUGAAGAUUUCAAGAAUGAAGUCUUGCUAAUCUCCAAACUGCAGCACAGGAAUCUCGUUAGAAUAUUGGCCUAUUGCGUUCACGGGAAAGAGAAGUUACUAGUUUAUGAGUACAUGGCUAAAAGAAGCUUAGAUACUUUGUUGUUUGAUCCUAAACAAAGCCAUCAGCUUCCUUGGCCAAAACGUUUCGACAUGAUUCAUGGCAUUGCUAGAGGACUUCUUUACCUGCACUGCGAUUCUUGUUUACUGCUCAUUCACCGAGAUCUGAAGGAAAGCAAUGUCCUCUUGGACGAUGAUAUGACUCCCAAAAUCUCAGAUUUCGGCUUGGCCAGAACGUUUGCAAGGGUGACUCAGGAACUAAACACUCAGAGAAUUGCGGGAACAUUUGGUUAUAUGUCACCUGAAUACGCCAUGGGAGGAGUAUUCUCUGAGAAAUCUGAUGUCUACAGCUUUGGCGUUUUGCUACUAGAGAUUGUCAGUGGCAGGAGAAACAGAGGAUUUUAUGACCAUGAAAGGCAUUUGAACCUUCUUAGUUAUGCAUGGCAGCUAUGGACUGAAAGCAAAGGACCAGACCUAAUGGAUAAAUCAAUUUCGGACUCACGUUCCUCUACAACAGUGUUGAGAUGUAUACAUAUUGGCCUGCUCUGUGUCCAGGACCAUGCAGCGGAUAGACCAUUAAUGUCAUCUGUAGUUCUUAUGCUAAGUAGUGAGAUGGAUCUGCCUCAACCAAAGCAACCUACAUUUAUAUUUCAAAGACGGUUGAAUUCUUAUACCCAAUCACAAAUCAGCAAAGUUCCGUCAGUUAAUGAUAUUACUGUCUCUGUGGCAGAAGGCCGAUAACCAAUUCAAUAUGUUGCAUGUACCAUUUUAAUAUGUGUAUAC